AUGAUGCGAAGAUCAAGAAUCAGCGUUAAACCGAACUUCAGGCCUGGAAAUCGAACUGGUACAGAGGGUCAACAGGUCUCCCAGGGGGUGAGGGAAGCAGGUGGCACCUUACCAGCAGUUGAAGCUGAAGAAGUAGUAGUGGGAAGACCAGGACCAUCUCACCAGGAAAAUGUUGCACUUAUAGAGCGUUCUGAGGAUGUGGGUAUGAAAGAUGCCCCUGAAAUACCUUCAACGAUGAACCAAAAUAAUGGAGCACCCUCUAGUGGAGCUACCACUUCAUCUGCAGCUCCGCAGAGAAGAAUGAGGAUCUCAGCUGCUCCAAAACUCCACAGGCCCAAACUUACAUCUGCACCUCGAACUCGACCCUGUGCCAGUAUACCUAGCUCGGCUCCAUCACCCCUGCCCAAUGAAGAACAUGAUUCGGUUUCUGAAGCUCCGGCUUCAGAUUCAAUAAUCUCUAAUGAUCUACCUGAAUCAGGGACACCUAGAAAAUCCACAUCUCCUACAAAACCGCCUGUGCAGUCUUCCACAAGGACUCGGCCAUCAUCUCCAUGUAUUCCUUCCACCUCUGGUCUUCAAAAGUCUCCAGUCCGUAGGAAAAAGUCAGUGGAGGAUUCUCCACCAUCUCCACAACCUGGUCAGGUUCCUAAGCAACCAUCACAAAAAACAGGACCCUCUGAAUGUCCAUCUUCAUCUGUUCUGUCCUCCGUUUCCAUUAAACCUUCCCAUUUUGAUAAGGCGUGUUCUUCUGAGAUGACUGAUAAAUCCUUAGACACAGACAGGAUAUUAAAGGCUCUGAAAUUGAAGGAACUUAUGAAGAUUGAACGGAGAAAAGAUAUUCAGAUGGGGAAGAGAAGGGCUGGUCCUAAACAGUACACAGCCUUGGACCGCAGUAAAAUGACUAUGAGGGACCUUAUCUAUUACUUACCCAAUACCAGCCCUUUGAGACCUUCAGUAGUGCAUGAGGAGAAUGAAGCAGAGACCAUUAUUCCACCUUCACCCAAGCAACAAAUUAAAACAGCAGAGAAGGAUGAAGAAGAAGAAGCAGCAGCAGAGUCUGAAAAUGAAGAAAUGCUGGUGCCGAAGGUCAGAGUGGCGGCGGACGGAUCGAUCGUUCUGGAUGAAGAAAGUUUAACAGUGCGAGUACAAAGGCCUUCGAACACCAAAGUGGUGGAGGAGUCGACUGCCCUGUUUGAGCGCGGCUCUACUACAACGUACUCCAGCUUCAGGACUCUAAACUACGUCAAGAGCUGGUCAGUCAGAGAGACAGACUUAUUCUUCUUGGCUAUUAGUAUGGUUGGGACGGAUUUCUCUUUGAUCGGCCAUUUGUUAACCAACCGUAGCCGUGCAGCAAUUAAGAACAAAUUUAAGAAGGAGGAGAGAGUCAACCCAUGGAGACUAGACAAAGCUAUGAGAAACAAGCGACCCUAUGACAAGGAGUUCUUUAGCUAUUUGCUGGAGAAGGUUUUGGCAAAAGAUCGAGACAAAAGAAACUCUGUCAGACUGAUACUGCCAAAAACCAGGCAAGCAAGGAAAUCCAAAGGAAAAACGUCAGAUGAAAUGUGUGUUAAGAGGCGUGGUGGUGGUGAUGACGACGAUGAUGACAGCAUCUUCCACAUGGAUGAUCAUGACUUGGAUGAUGAUGAUGAUAGGAAUGCCAGUGUAGAAAAAGAAAAUGAGAAUACAUCUAAUGUAAAAGAAGCUGAUCCCUCUGUCCCUGCUAAAAAGAAGUGCAAACGUACAAGAGAUGUCAGCAAGGAUAAAGACGACACCUCCACUGAGGACCAAGCCAAAAGAAAAAGGCAAAGAAAAUGUGUCAAGGAAACAACAAAAGAGGUCCACGCUAAGGAUGAUAUUGAAGGUGAAAGCAACCUCAAUGUUGAGGGUGACGCUAUAAAUAUAAAUAAGGAGGAUGAACUUGAAAGAAGUACUUCAGCUUCGAAAAGAAGGCGCAAACUCUCCAAGAGUGUCGGCGAGACGCAAAAUGAAAAGCCAGUUAAGGGAACAAAGGGCAAGUAACUCAAGAAAUCACUCAAAGCUGUUUGUGACCAAGAAGAGAGUGUUAAUGAACACGAGGAAAGCAGCAUUAUGGAUGAGGAUGGCUGUGCUACUGAAAAGAAAAGAAAACGAACCAAAAGCAGUGAUUUGGAUGGAGAUGAACCAGCCAAGAAGGAAAAGAACACAAAGAGAAAAAAGGCACUGAAAAGUACAGUAGAAAAAAAAGGAACUGCAGAAGUAGAAGCUUCUUCAGGUUUACAGGAGGCUGAAAAGUUAAACCCUCCAGUCACGGCUGAAGUAGCAGAUAACGUUCCACCAAAAGCUACCAGGCGAAGUAGGAGGCCUUUGCCUAACCUGGCUACAGCACGAGGCAAGAAAAGCAAUGAACCAGAAACUUCUGCUGAAGUUGAAAGGGAGAGUCAUGAUGAGAAUAACCAUGAAUCCAUUCUGACGACAGCACACAGUCCGUUGGAGGAUGAGGGGCUCCGUAUGCAAGCAGUAGUUGUGCUGGAAAAGACCCCCCCAAGGCAGCAAAAUUUGCUCAGUCCUUCAAAAGUCCACUGCGAAAAUAAUGAAUUGGAGCCCUCUGUGAGCUCUCCUGCUUCUCCACUGAGCACUGAGAGUAGUUCUUCUCAGCAGACAAGAAUGGAAACAGCGGGAAGAGUGAAACGCAACCUCAACCUGUCCACUACUGGACAGACGGGAAGAAGAAAAGGAAUGAUGGAUCAGGAUGAAGCUGAACCCGAGAGUCCAAUGGUUCUCUUAGAGUCGAUCGCUCAGGAGGCUGAAGAAGUUGAAGAGAGUGACAAUUCUUUGAAUGAGAACCUUGACUUUUCAUGCCUGCGUGAUUUAGAUAGUCCGAUGUUUCAAAGAAGGCCAAUGGUGGCGUUAUCUCGUGAAGAGGUGGAUAUGAUCCUUAAUGCUUCAGACCAAAGUGCAGAUGUGGAUCCAUCUCUGAGUCCUCUGGAUUUAUCUUUAAACACGGAGCGCUCUCUUCCACUUCAAUGCAGCAAGCUCUUGGAGGAUAACGAUGAAGAAGCGGAGGUUGAACGUGUGUUUGAGGGGCGUGAGGAAAGAACAAAUGAGAGCGCUUCUUGUGAGGAAAGGAACGGUGAAGAACUGGAGCUAACAGACUCUGCAUUGGCACAGCCAGAUAUCUCAAACCUCAGGGACAUUUCUACCUCCUUAAAACCAGAGGUGUGCAGUCAACCUGAAGUAGAACUAAGCAAGAUGGCAUCCUCAUGCCCAAUGGAGGAGGCUGAACCUCAGGUCCACCCAAUAGCGUGCAAAGAUGUGACCACUGAAGCAGCAGUGCUUGAAGACUCGCCACCUCUGGUUGUUCUGGAUAACGUAGAACCUAUAGGCAUGAAACUAGAUGCACCCGUGACCCAAGAAACAAUCACCAAUGAAACUACUACACUUGGCACUUCUUUGGUAGUCUCAGAUGUUCUGGAGGAGUCUGAGAAAACUGUGCCGCCCGCUUUACUCAAAGACACUGUAUCGGCUUCCUCUGAAAUCGCAGCACGGUCAAAGCUGACCUCAGUAGGAAGUGGGUUGGAAUCACCAAGGUCUCCGCAGGCAACUCUAGAAGCGAAAGGGGAAUCGCAAACAUCUCUGGAGGAAUCUGAGAAAACUGUGCCGCCUGCUUUACGCAAAGACACUGUAUCGGCUUCCUCUGAAAUCGCAGCACGGUCAAAGCUGACCUCAGUAGGAAGUGGGUUGGAAUCACCAAGGUCUCCGCAGGCAACUCUAGAAGCGAAAGGGGAAUCGCAAACAUCUCUGGAGGAAUCUGAGAAAACUGUGCCGCCUGCUUUACGCAAAGACACUGUAUCGGCUUCCUCUGAAAUCGCAGCACGGUCAAAGCUGACCUCAGUAGGAAGUGGGUUGGAAUCACCAAGGUCUCCGCAGGCAACUCUAGAAGCGAAAGGGGAAUCGCAAACAUCUCUGGAGGAAUCUGAGAAAACUGUGCCGCCCGCUUUACUCAAAGACACUGUAUCGGCUUCCUCUGAAAUCGCAGCACGGUCAAAGCUGACCUCAGUAGGAAGUGGGUUGGAAUCACCAAGGUCGCCGCAGGCAACUCUAGAAGCGAAAGGGGAACUGCAAACAUCUCUGGAGGAAUCUGAGAAAACUGUGCCGCCCGCUUUACUCAAAGACACUGUAUCGGCUUCCUCUGAAAUCGCAGCACGGUCAAAGUUGACCUCAGUAGGAAGUGGGUUGGAAUCACCAAGGUCUCCGCAGGCAACUCUAGAAGCGAAAGGGGAAUCGCAAACAUCUCUGGAGGAAUCUGAGAAAACUGUGCCGCCCGCUUUACUCAAAGACACUGUAUCGGCUUCCUCUGAAAUCGCAGCACGGUCAAAGCUGACCUCAGUAGGAAGUGGGUUGGAAUCACCAAGGUCUCCGCAGGCAACUCUAGAAGCGAAAGGGGAACCGCAAACAUCUCUGGAGGAGCCUUCACAAACUAUGGAGACAUUGCAAAGCUCAUCAGAAAGUCAAGAGAGUACUCAGGAAUCUGCUGAGGCAAGUUCAGAAAUAAAAGCAAGAACGCAAGGUUGUGCGGUUGUACCGGAGAUCGAGGAGAAGUUCCAGGAAGAGGUGUCCGUUCAAUCCAGUAGUGCCUCCAUUUCUUCUGAACAUGGCAUGAGACCACCAAGGAGAAGCAAAUUCCUGAAGCCUAAACCUAACCUGAGUCAGAAACCAAGAGCCUCAGUUCUCCAAAACCAAAGACGAGAGCUCAAAGCACACGGUACUCUAAAACCCGAGAGCAGCGAGCCAACAGUGUCGACUGAGAAGGUACAGCAUGGUGCAUUAGAAGAAUUCAGUAAGGAGAACCUCACCAAAGAAGAGACAUCUCAAUCAAAAGCAGUGGAACAAAUGGAAUCUGAAUCAACAGAAGUAUUGCCAGAUCUCAGUGAUGCAUCUACAGCAGUACCAGAUCAGGAGAACAUCACGACAGUCACUCUGAGUCCAGCCAGUGCUGAUGAACCUCAGGUGGCUUCAGAAGAUAGAAGCAGAUGUGAUGACGUGAUACCACCUUGUACUACAGUGACUUUGGCUCAGCCUUCACAGACCGGAGAAGAUACAGGUGCAGGGCAGAUGAUUGUUCCUUCUGCGGAUGUCUUUGCCCCUGCAGAAAUCCUCCACUUAACUGAAGAUGGUCAGAGUGAUGAGGAACCCACGUUCAUCUUGACCCUGUAUGAGAUUCCUGUCACUCAGGCCUACCUGUCUUCAUCCAGUAAUGACUCUGCGAUGACCUCUGACCUUCCCACAGUUGAACCCCAGUCUUCUCUAGGGUUUUCAGACCAAACACAUACUCCAUCACCGACAUCAGAGUUGACGAGAAUAGAUUCUCUGCCCAGCGAAGGUAGUGGGACUGAAAAGAUGUGUUCGCAAAAUGAUUUAGGCGUUGCCACUGAGGAUUUUUCAGAGAAAUGCAAGGAGCAAAUCUCAGUGCGUGCAAUAUCUCAUGAACUCAUUUCACCACACACGAAGGAUGAAGACAGUAAUGCUUCUGCAAACCUGGAAAUGGGUAUUCCUCCACUUGACCCCAAUUCGGAGUGCAAAAAGAGUUCUGAAUUUGCCCCGCUUGAUGAUUCGGCACCCAGGAUUCAGAGCACGCCUUCUGGGUAUAGUGUCUCGAAAUGCAUCACAGCUUUACCUCAAGACUCAGAGGACCCUGAGCAAGACGAGAGGGUUUCUCAUACGGUACCGGCUGAUGUCUGUGUCCCUGCCUUACUGGAGACAAGGGACGAUUCAAGCAAGAGCGUGACGAUGGCUGUAGAAGGCAAGCUUCACAACGAGGAAGCUUCUUCAGUUAGUGUCGGUGAAAAUUUUGCAGAAAACAUCGAGAAGGAUGCGUCUCACGAGCCCAUAUUACUGGAUACAGAGGACGAGGAGAGCGAUGCUUGUGCAAAUCUGGAAACCGGUAUUUCACAUAAGGACCCUGAUUCAGAGUGCAAAAAGGGUUCAGAAUUUGCUCCGCGUGAAGAUUUGGCAUCCAGGACUCAAAGCACAUCUUCUGGAUUUAACAUCUCAAAAUGUAUCACAGCAUUACCUGAAGACUCUGAGGACACUGAGCGGGUUUCUCCUAUAGCACUGGCUGACGUCUUUGACCCUGUCUCAGAGGAGACACGAGACAAUUCAGGCAAGGAAAGGACAAUGACUGAUGAAUGCAAGCUUCACAGCGAGGAACUCUCUUCAGUUAGUCUUCCAGAGAGACAGGACACUCCUUAUGAAGAGCUAAGAAAGGUAGAAAAUUUGCCAGCAGUGUCCCGCUCACUGUUAUGUCCUGACUCCACAGAGGAGUCAAAAGCCACACCAGUUUCAUCAGAGGAGAAAAAAACACCUGCUCAAAGGAGAGCAAGACAAAUCAAGCCGCAACCUAAACUGGUAAAAAGGGCACAUGCUAAAGAUGACUCUUCAAAAACCGAUCAGCUUGUAAAGAAGGCCAGUCAGCCAACCUCUUCACCCGUCGUCAUCGUCUUACCAGCCUCUCAUGAGGAAAACCUGGCAGGAGUUUCAAAUACUAGUAAUGUGGCGUCAGGAGACGGAAUGUCAUCUCUAAAAGAAAACAAAGCCUCUGUUAGUAGAGGGAAGGAAGUAAAGCCCAAAUCUGUUGCAGAGAAAUCUCCAAAAAUGUCUCAAUGUGGCUUGGAACACACGGAGUCAAAUCCCAUCUCUGCUGCUCUUCACCUGUCCAAGGAAGGUAAGUUUAAAGAGGAAAACUGUGAAAAUGUAACAGGAGAUACUACAAAUAAAGAGGAUUUGGAGUCGUCUGUGGAGGACAAAGAAUCCUCAAUACUGACGUCCAGUGAAGGAGCAGGUGUGCAGCCAAGCUCUGAGGACGUGCGUUUUAGUCUGAUGAAGACUUCAGGUGCUGGCUCUUCAACUGUGGACUCUGAGGAAACUGAGGCAGAAACUCACUGUUUCUCUCACAUGGUGCUGCCCGAUGCCUUUGUUCUUGUCUCCGAUGAGACGGAAGAUGACUUAAGCAAUAACUUGGCAGUAUCUAUGGAAAGCAAUCCACAAAGAGUCAGUCUUCCAAAGAAGCCUGGUGCCCACUCUGGAAAGGAAUUAAAAACUGAAGACGCGUCCCAAACACUGACUGAGGAGUCGACACGGAAUCAGUCGCCAUUAGUGGACGUGAAAACACCAGUCAGAAAGAGAGGCAAGGAGGAGGUGAAGAGAGAGUGCCCUAAAACUGACUCGACAAAACCAAGACCGAGUCAGCCAGCAUCUCCACAAACCACAACCCCAUCAUCACAGCUAACUACCCUGCCUCAGAAUGAGAAAAUAGUGCUACCUGAAGAAAAGUUACAGAGGAGGCAUCACCUCAUGCCAUGCUCUGUUAAACUCUCAAGGCUUGACAUUGCAGCCCACAGUCUCAAGACUCCUGAGCCUGGUGAUAGGAUUGAAUCAGAGGAGUCAAGCACAUCACUUUCUGAGGAGAUGAAAUUGGAAGACUCCGAAUUAAAGAAAUCCCCUACAAGAAGGAAAGGCAAGAAAAUUGAAUCGUCACAAGAUACAAAACAUGGUCAUUUAAAACCAGUUCAAACAGUUUCACAAACUCGACAGCUAACAGUCACAGAUUUGGCAAAGAAAACGUCGCAUCACGCUGCAACAAACCUGGAAGAAAAAGAACCUGUGAAGUCUUCCCAAACGCAGUCAAGCUUAAAAGCCAAAGAAGGGCACCAACUCUUGGUUGAGAAGACAUGUUCAAAAUCACAACAUACAGAUUCAGAGAAACCUCACGUAGUACCUGCUUUGGAAAAGACUGAAGAAGUGAGCAACGUCUCUGAAGAGGUGAAAAGGUCAUCGCAAGUGGUCAAGGAAUCAACUGAAGGCACAUCUGUAUCGCAGGUGAAACAAUCACCUGUUAGACAGAGAGCCAAACUACAGGUCAAACCUGUAGUGUUGUUGAAAAGGGUAUGUACCAAAAGUGAAGGUAAUGUUUCAACAACCGAUCAACCACAGUCGACACGGUUCACCUCACCAGCACGCCAGCAUGCCCGAGCAGCCAGAGAGAAGGAAGAGUCCAACAACGAAACUAAGCAACCUGCAAAAGAGGUUUCGAAUACAUCAUCCAGCACGGAAGGAAACUCGAAGAGCACGGAAAGCUCUUUGAUAACAAGUGGUCCCCAGUCUCCCAUAUCCCAAGGCACUUGGCCGAGGGUUGUUCUGCCACAUGUGAAGUUAUGGACUACAGAAGCAGGUGUCUGCCCAGCCUCAUCCACGCCUAUAUCCUCUCCAGCCAGGGUUUCACAAAGCGCAUCUCCACCAGUGACUCCUCCACAGGUGAAGAAAUCCCUUACACAACGCAGCUCUCCCACAGUCAGUGAGAAUUCUGAUGAUGACCCAUCCAGAGUAUCCCAGUUCUUCCUCUCUGAUAUCUUCACUGAAGUAGAGGAUGCAGAAUGAGCAAUUUCCUUAACCUGCCACUUUGUGAUCUUGCCCUUGCUGCUACGUAAUGCAAUGGCCUUCAAAGAGAGUAACCAAAGCAAGCCUUUAAAUCAGGCUCAUUAAUCUGAUUACUCGUGUGUUAUGUUCUCAUUUAGCUCUAAAAGUGCUGCAACACACUAUUUUUUACUGUGAAUUUCUUUCUGGCUGCAAGCAAAUCUAUCUGAUUUUUACUUCAGGGCAAUUUACCAAAUGGUAGAAGAGGGGGGAAAAUUAUAUAUCUCAUCUCAUUAUCUCUAGCCGCUUUAUCCUGUUCUACAGGGUCGCAGGCA